GCCAUACAUCCCUAUAACUCAGCUAGAGCGCAAGCGUAUCGAACUGAAUCGGCCAACAAUAGACUGGUUAUGGUUUACGCGAGCCUCCCCGUCGCUGUCGAUGACAUCAAAGAUCAGUCCAAUGCGAGGAAUAGCGAGCUCAUCGUAGAGCUGACGGCACCAGCAUACACAGAGAGCCCGGUCAUCAAAUCCGCUCUCCUCGAGCUCGAGCAGGCCACCCGAGCGCGCCAGCAUGCCUGCGCGAAUAGACCGGCAAGCCCCAUCGAGGAGCAGCGUCGAAUAUCCAGCCUGAUGCGACAAGUCGGCGAGGCACAGUCUGACCCCCGUGUGGCGGAGGAAUGGGAUGUAAAGGAACGCGAGUUCGAGAGCGGAAACCGAGCAAGCCGCGAGAGCAUCCUCUCCGAUCUCAGCAAGGGAUUCACGAUCAUCGUGGCGUCCCCCAUUCUGAUCGCUGGCGGUUGCGUAUACGGUGCGGGGUUGAUCUUGUACGGGACUGGGAAGCUCAUCACUGGGCUGGGUCACAUAUUCACUGGAGGCACUCUGAGGGGAGAAGUUCUCCAACCGUCGCCGUGGUGGACACCGCAUGUCGUCGGUCCGCCGCAAGGCCCGUGGUGUUCCAAUCACAUAAGACAUUUGCUAACAGGCACGUAUCUUCUCCAUCGGGUCGGAAGACUGUACGCGAUACGCGAGGACUUUUGGUGUAGAGUUUUCGACAUGAGCCAUGG